AAAUCUUGCUGGAUACAUACAGGAAACAGCGCGAGGGAACGAGAAGUUAGUUUCCAUGGAGAAGAAGCAGAAGAAGCACGCACACGCGAGGUCAAGGAGCUUCACCGGCGGCGGGCUGGCCUCCUUCCUCAGGUCCACCGUCUCCUCCUUCUCCUCCGCCUUCCCGCCCAGCGGCAGGAGGUCCUCCUUCAACCACCGCAACGCCUUCUCGGGCCCCAUCGUCGUCUCCAUCGUCCCGCCGGAGGCUCGCGGCGGCGGCGGCAGGAGGAAGCGCCCGGGGUACGUGACGCCCGAGCCGUCGUCGCCCAAGGUGUCCUGCAUCGGCCAGAUCAAGCGCAGCAACUCCAGGCGCCAGAAGAAGGUCAACCCGUCGUGCGGCAAGGGCGGCGGCGCCUGCCCGCUCCCGCCGAGGCCGCCAGCGGAGGACAAGAAGCCCUGCAGCAGGACCAGCAGCAGCAGGGGCUCCCUCGUGAAGCGGAUGCCCUUCUUCCGCCGCAGCAGGUCGCGUCCUCGCUCAAGGGCGGCGUCGUCCAAAGAUGGGCUCAUCGUCGUCGGUGACGGGAAAGAGAGCGACGGCGACAGCGCGGUGGCGGAUCCAGCGCCGCCGCCGCCGCCGAUGGGCCUCGGCCAGAUGAAGCGGUUCACCAGCGGGCGCGCCGCGUUUCAGGACUUCGACUGGCGGGAGGAGGAGAGGACGACGGGCCGUGACAGCGAUGAGGACGACGACGGGUUCGUAGCGCAUUCGGCGCCGCUGGUGCUCGGGGGCGGGGUGGUAGCCUCGGAGCCGAGGAAGGAGGUGAACCUGUGGAGGCGUCGCCCCAUAGUUCCUCCCACUCAGCUACAGCUUCCCUAGGAUAGCGAGCUGCAUCUGCAUGCGCGCGCGUUCGUUCGUCUCUGUGUGCCUGCCGAUGCCUGGUGUUUUCUUUAGUUUGUAUAUACAGCUCACGCGUGUAUAAUGUGAUGA